AUGCAACGUGGAGUCCUGACGGGAAAAAUAAAACCGCUGGUUUCUGUGCCUAAUUCGGAAUGGUGGAAACCUAGAUGUGAACAGCAUUUGGUAACCCCUCCGGAGACAAGCGUGUUGCUGGCCACAACCCAAUUUCCUGAUCAACCGGAAGGCGCGGAUGUCGACCGUACAUUAACGUCUGCGCCGAUACCGAGAUCACUGGCGUCCGAUGCAACAAUGAACAUAUCUCCGACUCUAGGCAGUUUGAGGGUAGCUGCCAAUAUCCGGAACGCAAGUCGAACACAGUAUAGCAUCGGGAUUGCUGGAGGGAAUCAGAAAUCUGCAACCGAAGGCACAGCCACAACCCGGUCAGACUCCAGCCCGACAGCGUCCGCAACCUCCUCAAAGUCCUCGAGGAAGGUCCGAACAUCCCCAUCCUCAAAGGGUUGCGGCCACAGGAUCUUCGUCCCUAUCCUGGUGACGGCACCAAAUGAAAGGAAGAAGGCCUUCGCUGCGGACGUGGUCGGAGGGACCAGCAGUUGGAGAGUUGGCUACGAUGUGAUGCAUUACCACUCCGCUGAUCGUCGUCGCUUGCUGAUUAGGCACGACUGGAGUUGGCUAGUGAUGCAUUACCACUCCGCUGAUCGUCGUCGCUUGCUGAUUAGGCACGACUGCCGUUUCGAUCCCCGGCAGCAGGUAUUCUAUCACUAUCACAAUGUAUUGACUCCUGCUGGUUGUCACCGGAAAGGGACCCAUGACGUCAACGGACCACCCCAAGUUUGGCUACGAUGUGAUGCUUUACCACUCCGCUGA